AUGGCGCUAUCCUUGAAAGAUCUGGCUUCCCUGCUGAGCGUUCUGUCUGAAGAUGCUACUCAGACACAGUCCUUUGAGAACCUGGCCUCAAGUUUACACCAUUACUUUAACAAGCAGGACCAUUUCAAACUUGGCACAGCUCUGGUACUGUUGCUACAGAAUAGAGAUCUCCUGCCUCAUCCAACCCAAAAGUUAGCUGCAAUAUUUCUUCUUUAUGAAAUGUAUAAGACAGAACCAAUUGCAGUGAAUCCCUUUGCUUCAGUCUUCGUACAUUUAUUGAAUCCUCCUAUUGACCGGAGCGACAUGGCACAGGAGAUGGACUUCCAUUGGGCUAUUCCAAAAAUAUCAAGCGCGGAACGGUACUUUCUCUCGCAGCUUAUAUCCAGUCCUUCAAAAGAGCUUUUUAAGAAGACAUGUACAAAUAUUCUGCACAUGGAUGUUGGCAACAUGCAGUCAUUUGAUGUGAGUGGUCUACAGCUUGCUUUGGCAGAGAGACAGUCAGAGAUGCCGGCUCAGAGCAAAUCGGGGAUUCCUUGUAUUGUACCGGACCCAGAUAUGAAACCUACCAGCUUUGACCAGUUUGGUAAACCAGGGUGUAUAAAUGCUGAUGUGCAGAGACAGACAGUUGAAGCAUUAUUGUCAGGAUCCCGGCCGCCAGUUGAAUUCUGUAUGAAACCACAAUUCCUUCGGCUGGCACCACCAUUACAUGCUGCAGAAGAUGAGCUUCUGUGGAUGAAUCCAAAAGAAGGUGACCAUCAGAUAGCCUGGGACACAUCAAUGUGUAUCAGCAACUCUGCAGGGACGGAGGUCAGACGACUCAUGGCCAAGGCAAUCAAAGGUCCUUUAGCCUUAAAUCAACAACAGCAGUUACUAGGAGAGCUUGAGCAAGAUCCUAAGCUUGUGUAUCAUAUAGGAUUAACGCCAGUCAAGCUGCCAGAUCUGGUCGAGAACAACCCAUUGGUGGCAAUAGAGGUUUUACUGAAGUUAAUGCAAUCGAAUCAAAUCACUGAAUAUUUCUCUGUGCUGGUCAACAUGGAGAUGUCGUUACACUCAAUGGAAGUGGUCAACAGACUGACAACAGCUGUGGACUUGCCGUCGGAGUUCAUUCAUCUGUACAUCUCCAACUGUAUAUCAACGUGCGAAACAAUAAAGGAUCGCUACAUGCAGAAUCGGUUGGUGCGGCUUGUUUGUGUAUUCUUACAGUCUCUCAUAAGAAAUAAAAUCAUUGAUGUCAAGGACAUCUUCAUCGAGGUGCAAGCAUUUUGUAUCGAAUUCAGCCGAAUACGAGAGGCGGCCGGUUUAUUUCGACUACUCAAGACUUUGGACAACGGAGAACAGAUACAACCUGGUGCAUCUAAAUAACGACUUCAUAGAGAGAUUACGCAAGAUGGUGCAUCUAAAAAAAGACUUUCAGCUGUGCCUGUGUUUGAGCAUCACUGCUCGCUGCAAGCCAAAUUGGGUAGCAGACUUUUGAUUACUGAUAAGUCCCUGUUGGUGGCACUGCACGGCAUUGUAUCUUUACCAGAAUUGAAUUGGCUCAUGAAAUAAUGUAAAAGCCAUUCAAAUGUAGUUUUGGCUCAAAUUGGUUCAUGAAUUUGUUAAGAAACAACAAAGGGUUAUGAAUUAUGGAUAAAUAACUUCUUUACUCAAGUCUAAGUAGCCAAUGAAUUGUUUGUUAGUCACAAAUUGUGAGUGUAUAUUUUGUAAAUAAAUGUCGAGUACCGUAGAUCAAAAAUU